ACUCGCAGCUAAGACAGAGAACACGGACAUCUCUCUAUACAGUGCUUCGCGCAUCGACAAGAUGGUCAACAUCUUCAUUACCUUUGUCAUCUUCAUUCUCUUGGUCAUCCCAAUCAGUAUGUCAUAUCUCAUGCAAACCCGAACCACCAGUAUACUGACUUCACCAGUCACUAUGUAUCACCUCACGAGCUCGAUCGAUAUAGACGGCAGAACCUGUCACUACGUCGCGCAUGCGUCAGCAAAAGUACUUCCGGCCUGGCAAGUCAGAUUACCUUUUGGCUAUGGUUACGACUUGAAUCCAGCCCAAUGGAGCAUCAAGGAGCAUGUUCUGUACGACACGAGGAUCGACCCUGCCGUUGCUAUCUUCUUCACGAUGGCCAUCGUUUGGAUUGGCUACGAUAUCGCUGCGAUCCCUCGUUCUCUGCUUUUGUGGGAGCCUGAGCACGUGUGGCCUCAAGCGCUCAUGUACACAACUCUGUUUGAGACUUUUCGCAAGCAAGACCGUAAAAGUCCACUGGCUAAACGACAAAUGCACAUCUUCUUCCUGUGCGUUCCUGGUAUGACGCUCUGGCAAUUUCUACCAGAAUACGUUUUUCCAAUGACGUCCUCGCUUGCGUUUCUAUUGCGAACUUCAUCGGAUCUGGUCUUGGGAGGCAUGGGAUCCAUGAACCUCAGUCUCGACUUGUUGAACAUUAACUGGAAUGGCUCCUCGAUCCUGAUUAUACCUUUCUGGAUACAGACCGUUCUGUGUCUUGCCUUUGUGCUCAAUUGCUGGGCUCUUCUUUCAGCCGCCAAGUGGGGUAACCUAGGCUCUUACAAACACGGCCUGAUGUCGAACUCGCUCUUGUUGGCUAACGGAACCAAAUACCCGAUAGCCAAGAUCAUCAACAGCGACUUAGUCUUAACGAGACCGCCUGGGAGAAAUACGGUCCAGCGUGGUCCCGCCAUUUUGGUAACGUUCGGGAAGAACAUGGCAGCACGCAAAGCUAGAAGCGAAGCAAAGAAGCAGCAAGCUUCCACUGGUAGCGGUAACGGUACUGCAGAGCCCAACAUCCACCACCAAUACACAGAUCGCCUAAACGUCCUACAGCGCUCGUACAAGGAGGUGCCUGGAUGGUGGUUCGUAGCAUUGUUCCUUACUGGUUGUGUCAUCUUGCUUGCCAUUGUAAGCUCUGGUCAGCUCUUCAUUUCUUGGUGGACCGUAAUUGUUGGUGUCGCAACUGGCUUCAUCGUUGUCGUCCCUCUUGGCUACCUUUACGAUAUCUCGAACUACCAAGUUGCGACUGGUGAUUUUAACGAGCUUAUCUACGGGUACUUGGUCCACAUCGCCGGCGGAGCCGCCCAUCAUCACCCUUGCGGACCUUCAGUCUACGGCUCCAUAGCAGGCGAUGCCUGGUACCGUGCCCAGUACAUGCUCCAGGACCGGCACAUUGGUCACUACAUGUAUAUCCCAUCGCGCACUGUCUUCUUCAGCCAGGUCUUUGGAAGCAAUUUAGGCAUACCCAUCGACUAUGGUGUGAUCCGGUGGGUCCUCAACACGAAUGGACAGUACGCUGUCAUUGUCCCAAAGAGGAUGUUCGUCGCCAGCGAGUUGAGGAUUCUACCCUACGGUUUCCUAGUCGACGCUGCAGAACCGCUUGCCAUGUAUGCACUAUAUCGCGUGUUCCCGAAAUCGAAACUCAAGUUCCACCUCUUGAACACAAUAAUCUUCUUCUCCGGUCUGACUGUGUUUUAUGGUAAUCUGUCAACAGGAUACUUCAGUUCAUGGCUGGGUGGCUUCAUCGCGAUGUACUAGAUCCUCCGCCACCACUUCAAGCUCUGGAAGCGCUACAAUUACAUUGUCGCCACGACUUUCGAUGCAGCUUUCAAUCUUAACAUGCUGCUGAACUUCCUGUUGUUUGAAGUGGAAAGCAAAUUAAGAUAUCAGCUUGGUGGGGCAAUAACGCGGGCAGUGCUGAAAGGUGUUCGCAUUGGAAUGAGCAGUUUGGAACGUAGGCCUAGAUACCUAAUCGAUCUUUUGGUUGUUGUUAAUGAAUUUGACAAAC